AUGCAAUGCAAAGAUCCGCUGUUAUCACCGGUAAUGUUCAAUACGCUGACGUCGAAACCGCGGGUGUCAAAUAUCACGUUUUCGACAGUAACCAGUGCAACCGGGCUACCAACAAUCGCCGCCGAGCCAUGUAGGCCUCGAUCGAGCAGCCGCGAUUUACCGAUUGCUUUUAUCCUGGGUAAACCGGACCUGGGUCGGGUACUCGCCUGUUGUGGUACUGAAUAUUGA